ACGCACACGCACGCACAUAGGCGCGCAAUUCGUGCUUGCGAACGCGGAGAGGAAGAGAGUAGUCCGGUUGGAGAGUGUGCCAAAGAGAGGAAAAAAAGCCGCGAGAGAGAAAGAGACACAACAUCGACGAGAGAAAGAGAAGAGAUAGUCGUGAGUGUGCCUGUCGGUUCUCGUUGAUUCCUCCGUUCGUUCGUCGGUUCGGUUCGGCGUGGUAUCGGCCAACGACGACGCGAAUUAGUGUGCGAGAAUCAGCAUCCGGCAAGGAGAACGAGAAGGAGGAGUAGUAACGACAACAGCAGCAGCAACAGCGGCAAGUUUUGUUUUGAUCGGCGAACGAUCGCGCCGUCUCACGAUCUUUGCCUCUCUUUCCCGUCUCUCCGUCGUGCAAGGCGCCCGCGGGGGUGCUUUAUCGCGGUGUGGGGAGGAGAUAUCGAUCGCGCGCACGGGACCAUUGACGUCGUUCUGGAGAACGGCCGAACGUCGUGAGCGAGAAAGGGAGAGCGAAAGAGAGAGAGAGAGAGUGAGAAAAGAGGGACACGACGAGACGCGACGACGACAACGACAACGAUACUUUUCGUUAUCGGUGACUCUCGCACGUUCACUCGCUAGCUAGUUGGCGGUGUGCAUUCACGCCGUCGUCGUCGUCGUUGUCGUCGUCAUCCUCGACGACACGCGGCGCGUCCUCGAGCGAGAUCGCGAUCGCGGCUCGGCGCGGUGCGGUGCGGCGCGCCGCGUCGCGGCGCCGAGAUCCCGAGGAUCGCCCGCUCGCUCGCUUGCUCGCUCUCGGCCUCGCUCUCGUUGACGUUCUCGCGGGGCAGAUCGAUCGAUACGCCGCUGCUCAGCAGGGACUCGGCCGACCGACCUGACUCCCGCCGUCGACAUGCCCCGCUGAUGAUCCAGUAGGCUGUGAGAUCGUGUUCUUAAUAUUCCAUCCAGUGUGAUUUCGAAGACUUGCCUCUUAUUCAAGACGUGGUGCAACAAUGGGUCGAAAGAAGAUUCAGAUUUCACGUAUCACGGACGAACGGAAUCGUCAGGUGACCUUUAACAAACGGAAAUUCGGCGUGAUGAAGAAGGCGUACGAACUGUCGGUACUGUGCGACUGCGAGAUCGCGCUGAUUAUCUUCAGUUCGAGCAACAAGCUGUACCAGUAUGCAAGCACCGACAUGGACAAGGUUCUCCUCAAGUACACCGAGUACAACGAACCCCACGAGUCCCUCACUAACAAGAAUAUUAUCGAGGAACAUAAGGGUGCCAUGUCUCCAGAGAGCCCGGAACCCGACGCAAUCGAAUAUAAUCUUACCCCGCGCACCGAGGCCAAAUAUACGAAGAUCGACGAGGAGUUUCAAAUGAUGAUGCAGAGGCAUCAGCAUAAUGGCAGCAGGACAAUGGGACAAUCGUCGAAUUAUACGCUACCGGUAUCUGUACCAGUGAACAGUUACGGGGAACCUCUUCUUGGAUCUAGUCCGAUGGCACAUACCAGCAUUUCUCCACGUCCAUCGUCGUCUGAGACGGAUUCAGUAUAUCCUCCGGGAGGAAUGUUGGAAAUGAGCAAUGGCUAUCCUCCGUCAGCAUCACCAUUGGGUGGUUCACCUAGUCCAGGACCUUCGCCCGCACUUGGGGUUGGUGGGGGUAGUGCAAAUAAAGGCAGCAAUCCGUCUAGGCAUUCGCCGCAACCUCCGCCUCCACCGCCACCGCCUCAUCCUCACAGGGCUAAUCUUCGAGUGGUUAUACCAACACCACUUGCGCAACCUCUCUCCGAAGACACUAAUUAUGAUAAUGCCCAUACGCAGUCUGCAUUGAAUACACCUGUAGUAGCGUUACAAACACCAACAGUACCAGCCGGAUACUCUAGUUUUGGACCAACAGAUUACUCCUCGGAUCUCGGAGGCCUUGCAUGGCCCACUCAUCAGAGGUACGUUGAUGAGUUAUAUUCGGCAGCCACCAUGUCCAGCAUCAGUGGUCUUCCUCACCUAGCUGUAUCGAGCAGUACACCACCACCAUCCACGUCGCCUUUACCUGUAAAGAUAAAGAGUGAACCAAUAAGUCCACCCAGAGAUCCGCAUGGCGGUAACAGUGGGUCUAAUGGUGGACCCAGUAACGCCAGCAAUCUACACCAUACAAACUUGAAUGUCGGCCCAUCGUCCAGUACCGGUCCACCGCCACAUCACGUCUCUCAUCCGGGAUCUCAGACACUGAACUUGGUAUCGAACAGACCGAGUAGUAAUCCACCUCCGUCCCACUCGGGUAGCAUAACACCGACAAAUCUACCAUCGCCGGGAAGUGGUACAGUCGGUGAUAUCAGAACGAAUCAUUCUAGCGGUGGCGGGAAUGGAGGGAACAGUUCAGACUACGAGAACGGACCGCUCAUGAAACGCUCGAGAAUCACGGAAGGUUGGGCGACUUAAUGUCGAUUAAAUUAUUGCACUCAUCAGUUGUUUGAUACCUCCUCGACGUACAACGGCAUAUAAGUGCUUGUGAGUUCCAGUAUAAUUAAACAAACUCCUUUUAAACGUCUUUGAAAUGCGUACUUCGUACUAUCACGAUAACGAUAGCUACGUGAUGGAUACGCUUCCGCCGUAACUAGCGGAGUGGAAAAAUCUGUUUAUAUUUUGAAGCUGACACAGAAUAUACAUUUAUUUGAAGAAAAAAAAAGAAAAUACG